CAACUCCUCGCUCUCGCAGUCUCACUCCCCACAAACCCCUCCCCCCUUCCAGAUCCGCGCCGCCACCUCCCUUCCAGAUCCGUGCCGUCACCUCCCUUCUGAGGAGCUCGCCGUCAUCCUCCUCCUCUUACCCAUGGCCUCCCUCACACCCUCCUCGUCCUGCUCUUCGUGUUCCUCGCCAUGUCCGGGCCGGUCAGGCCCUCACCACUCGGUCUCUCUCUUUGUGUCCAUAAAACCAGACCAAGAGGGGCUGUGUUCCCCAACCGGUGCCACCCGAAACCCCUUUGAUGGCCGGACCGCCGUCGCCCGUCGCCGCGCCCCUCCCUAGAGGACGCCAUAGUAUUGUGGCAUCCCCUCCACACCCGCUUGCAUCAGGCGGUGGGCAUCUCGCUCGCAGUGUUCACCAGCAGGGGGAGAGGGACUCGAUUCAGCCGCCGGCAGCGGAGGGAGGAAUGUCAAGAUGUCAGAUAUCCAGACCUCCACCCACCGGGAGCGGUGGAUCUUCCAGACGCAGGACCUGGUGGAUAAGUGGACAACGGCGAACCAGCGUUCCACGGAGAUACUCGCCCAGUAUGGGACGACAAGAUUGAAGGUCAACCCUGUUGAUGGCUCGAUAUCGAACCCAGAACCUGUGCCUGAUGGUAUAGUUCUUGGGAGCUCUAGUGUGAAGCCUCUAUCCUGCAAAGAGGAGCAAGUGAUGCUGAUAUUUUACGAGCAAAAGAUUCAGGAAGUGUGCAGAGCAUUCAAAUUCCCCCACAAAAUUCAGGAAUGUCUCCCUGCCCGCGCCAUCCUUUGACCUACCAGACAUUGCAGAUCUUUUUGAUUCCCCCUCUCUCCCCAACAGAGGUUCUGCUGGUAUCAUGGGAAGUUCAUCAAGGAAAAGAGAAUCAAAUGGAUCAGCUAUUCAAGAUCCGUUUAAACCUUUUCUGGACACCUAUUUUAUUGGAAUCUUCAACUGGUAGAAAAUUAUUUCAACUAAUAUCCUCUUCAUGCCUGAUAUUGAAUAGCUAUAAAGGAAUCAACUCUCGUUUAUCUGUGAUGCUUAUUCAUACAAGUUAGCAUAUUUUCUCAACUGGCUGAUAUUUUUCUAUAUAUUGUAGGUGGAUCUAUAAAA